UCAAAACUCACCCCAAAAUUAUGUCUAACACAUUUUUAAUUUCAAAUCAAACUUUAUCCAAAUCAAUCUUUUCAAAAAAUAUUUGGGAAUCCAUUUCCAAACGGUCCUAAAUGAGCCCGCUUUCUACUUCUUUUGUUUUUGGCGCCUUUUGACAGCUUCUUCAGCAAGCUUCUCCUUCUGGAAAGUCUAAACCCUUUCUCUGUUUCUCUUAGAGUGAAAAAAUUCCCAGGCUACCUGUAAUUCUGCUUGUUCUUCUUCAUUGUGAUUUGUGACAUGAUCCGAAGAGAAAUAUGAGACAUUCAUUGGUUCAGAAACCAGGGGUAUGUCAUCUUAUCCACCAUCAAUUUAUUCCUAUUUUCCCGCAUCAGAAUUUCAGUUCACUUUUUAUGUGUUUUGGUAUUGGCGAAAAAAUGUUUUACUUUGGGAAAAUCAUUUUUAGGAGUCUGGUUUAGUGUAAAAUUUGGUGAAUAAUCGUACAAGACCUAGAGUGUAUUUGUAUUUAUUCUCUAAUCAAAUAUUAUCAAAGAGUAUUUGGUUGGUGAGUGGAAAAUAUUUUCCAGAAAAAUUAUAGAGAUUAAUAAUAUUAUUAGCAAAUUGGAGAGUGCUUUGAUGAAAUUGUUGAAAACAAAAAUAUGUAAGUGCUUGUUAAAAAGUUAAGAUAAUUGUAAGAAAACUAUUCGCCCAUAAGUGAGGAAAGUCAUGUUUCGAAAAUAUUUUACUUGGAAAAUGGCUUCCGUCCUACAUAACUUUCUCAUUGAAAACAUUAUAUUGAAAAAUGGCUUUCGCAGUACCAACUGCACCUAUAAAAUAAGAUAUGGAGAUAGUUGACACAUUUUUGAAUACUACAGGUUGCAAUGAUAUCUAAAUAUCUAUUGAAGCAAGUAAUAUGGAAUUAAAGUAUGGAUAUUCGUUAAAAAAAUGAUUUCUACUCAGUACUUAUAGGUGAAAGGAGUCAUUUUUUCCUUUGGUAGCAAAUGAUUUUCCUUAGAGAAAAGAUUUUCCACAUUUUGAUGUAACCACACAGAGGAAAUUGUUUUUCUCAAUCUGAAAAAAGCAUCUUCUGCGAUACCAAACACACGACCUCAUUCAUCGGAUUAUAUUCGGUUGACUUAACAAUUGUUAUUUCGAGCUCCCUAUUUGUAGUUGCCAUGUUGCUCUGGUGUUUUUUUUCCCUAGAGAAUAGAUGACGAAAGAAGGAAGGAAAGGCUUGAGGCGUGAUACGAUUGCAAUUGCCUGUCUAUGAGGUCAGAAACUUCAGCACUAGGUUCUCUUUGCCAUCCUUUAUAAAGCGCGUUAACAAGUUGACCGGUAGUCAGAAGGAUGCUAUAAGUAGGACUGGAUUUGGCAGUUUGCUCCUCAUUCCAGAUCAGAUGCUUUCUAAAAACCUAUUAGUUGAACUGAUGGAAAGAUGGGAUUAUGAGAAGCGUGCUUUUGUACUUUCUCCGGGUGAAAUAACCAUUUCUCUCUUGGAUGUUGCAUUGAUCUUGGGAUUACGAGUCACAGGAAAUCCAGUAGUUCUACUAGCAGAUACACCUUUCUUGGAUCUAGAAAGAGGAUAUGGUGUUGCCCUGUGGAAUAGAAAAAUCACUGUUGCAUCAUUAGAACAAAGACUUGAUUCUCUUGCUGAGACCAACAAUGAUGAUUUUGUGAGGACAUUCUUAUUAUUCAUGUUUGGAACUUUUCUUUUCCCAAGUACGAGUGGUAAAGUUGAUUCCCGGUACCUUUAUCUUCUCGAAAACCUUGAUAAAGUGAGUAAAUUUGCAUGGGGAGCAGCUGUUCUUGCAGAUGUAUUUCACUGGUUGUAUAGGAGAAAGAAGGAAAAAGUGCAAUAUGUUGGAGGUUGUCUUAUUUUUCUUCAAGUAUGGUGUCUUGAACACAUUGACAUUGCUCGUCCAAGUUUAAUGGAUUACUGCUCUAAGUUCCCACGUGUCUGCAACUGGGGAAAUACUAAAUCUCAUCAGAGACACUGGUUCACUAGCAAAUUCAAAGAACUAGAGGCUAAUCAGAUAAUUUGGAGCCUUGAACGGACUUCUGAUGAGUCCAAUACUGACAUAAUCAAAGAGUUGAUAGAGGCAGAACAGAGAAAAACAUGGCCUGACAUGAACCUACAAUCUUCACUAGCUACUUGCUCUCGUACUGACCAUACUGUGAAAAAUGGAUAUCAACCAAUGGUUCAUUUGGUUGUUGACCUGGAAACUGAAUCAGAGAGUGAAAGUAGCAGAGUGGCAUAUGGAAUUCAAAGUCUUUCUUCUGGUCCAUCCGAUAAAUUUAGUUUGCAUGAAACUGUAUCAAGAUCUUCUGCAUGCCACUAUGGGGGGAAAGAAAAAGAACGUACAGAGCUUUCACAGUCUUCAGGAGCAGAUAUAGCUAUAGUAAUCAGCAGUGAUGACGAUUUGGAGGAUGAUCUGAAGAAGAAAAACCAGACUCUGGAAAAGCAAAUACUUCAACUAAAGAACAAAAACGGUGAUCUGAUGAGAGAGAAUGAAAUUCUGAAAUACCAACUCUCCUCAAGCCUAAAGUUUAAAGAGCAGAACGUUAAACUACAAGAAGAAAAUGAAAGUUUGCAACAGGAGAAUGUGAAAGUACAAAAAGAAAAUGAAAGUUUGCGACAGGAGAAUCAAGCACUGAGCUUAUCAACCAAUACUUUGGUAAGUCGAUUAGGAAAUCUUUUGUCUGAUGGGAUCAAGGAGGAGUGUUAGUAAUAUGAGAUGUAUUUUUUUAGUUGAAAUGUGAAUGAAUGAAGGCAAAGUUUCAGCAGAAUUUUAUUCUUUGCAAUUCUUAAAACUAACAGUGGUAUCAUGGAAUGAACAAAAAUCUUGUGGUAUGCGAAUUGGCUAGUCUAUUAAGUGUUUCCG